AUGCCUGCCCCUCCUCCUCCUCCGCCGCCGCCGCCGCCACCACCUCCUCCUCCUCCGGGAAUGGGAGGACCUCCACCUCCACCGCCUCUGCCCGGAGGCUCGCUGCCAUCAGCGCCCCCUAAGUCAGCUGCGAAAGGGCGGGACGCAUUAUUAUCAGACAUCACCAAAGGGACGAGGUUGAAGAAGGCUGUCACGAAUGACCGUUCAGCGCCUCUGGUAGGCAAGCCUUCUGGAGGCGGAGGAGGGCCUAUAGCAGGAGCACCGCCGGUCCCUGGAGGAAUAAAGGCACCCAGUGGUCUCGCCCCCCCAGUUCCAAGUGGUGGGAAUCGAGCCCGGAGUCAUAGUGAUGCAGGCAACGACUCCAGCAUCGAUGGGCCACCACAGUUAGCAGGACUAUUCGCUGCAGGAAUGCCCAAAUUGAGGAAGACACGAGGAGGAAUUGAUACCGGAGCAGGUCUGGACGGUGCUCACUCAGAUUCGGAAACAUCUACACCAGCUGCUCCCCGACCACCUCUAGCAGCAGCACCGCGUCCGCCGUCAAUGCCUGCUCCUCCUGUCCCGGGUUUCAGACCUCCUCUACCGCAGUCAACGGACUCAGCACCGGCAAUUCCAAGUCCAUUGGCACAUCUCAAAAAGCCACCUCCAAAACCACUAUCCAAGCCUUCGUCUGUGGCCAAUCUGGUGGCCGGAAAGCCACCUCCUCCUCCGCCAUCAUCGCGAAAAGUCAGCACCGCUGCUCCCCCUCCCGCUCCUCCUCCACCUCCACCACCUUCAUCCUCGGGUUUCGUCCCUCUUGCACCACCUCCUCCGCCGCCUUCGAUAAGCCCUGCUCCUCCAGCGCCGCCACCGCCGCCACCAGUAGCAAGCCCUGCUCCUGCAGCACCACCCCCUCCGCCACCACCACCACCGCCAGCGGUCAGCUCAGCUCCUCCCGCUCCUCCUCCUCCUCCUCCGCCAUUCUCAAGCUCAGCACCUUCAUUAGCACCUCCACCGCCUCCCCUACCACCUUCUACUUCUCCGGGACCACCAUCUAGGUCAACACCGCCUCCACCGCCAGGCCCACCUCCACCACCAAGUCUGCCACCAGCGACAAAUGGCGCAGGUUCGUCUCUGGCGCAAAGGGCAGCUGUAGCAGCAUUUGGAAGACAAUCAUCUCACUCAAUUCCGGAGGCCCCGCCCUCGCCCUCGUCGCCUGUUUCACCGCCUGCUUCUCGACGAGUUUCACAAAUGCCAUCUCGAUCUACACUAGACGCAAGCUCGUACACUCUGACCAAUGGGAGUUUAUUUGGUGUAUCAAGCGGAUCGAGUCAGAUUAGAGUUGAGGAUAACCGGUGGAGGUUUCAGGAUGAAAGCCAAUUACCUCCGCCGCGCCCAUUUACAGGCGUGCCGAAGAGAUAUCGUGCCGGGAGGGGGAGUAGUGUCCCGCUCGAUCUUGCGAGUUUAGAAUGA